GAUGCAAUUUUAGAAAAUGAAUAAAACUUGACGAGCGCUGCGACAUCUUUUAUUACCUUUUGGUAAUAAAACUGUAGUUCACAUUCCAAUCGUGGCGCUCACAACCCAAACAAUAAAUUCCAACAUGGUGGCAAUGUGCUACACAGUUUGAAAAUGCAGUCCGUGUCAUGCCGUGAAAAAAAUCAUUUAAUGCUUGAAUUUGGUGGAAAAUGUCGGACCCUAAACGUGUUACUCUUAUAACAGUGGGUGCUCCAAAAAGUGUGAAGAAUAACGUGAGAAAAACAGUGAGAUUAACCAUAAAUUUGGAUGAAAGCAACGAAAGUAAAUAUCCGGAGCUGAAUUACAGGGAACUAGUCAUUGUAGAAGAGAGGAGGAAAAGACAAGAGAAUGGAAAGACUGCCGGACUCGACCCGUUUUCGGACAACGAUGACGACGUCGAAAGGGAGGCACGUAAAUUUGAACAGAAAUACGGAGGUAAAAGCACCUACGGCCGAAAGGGAAGGUCAAAAAUGGACGAAUUCGCCGACAUCGGUGCUGGAUACGAUGAGACUGACUCGUUUAUUGACAACACACAUGGAUACGAUGAGAUGAUCCCGCCCGACCGCGACACUCUACACGGAGGGUUUUACAUCAACUGCGGCGAUUUGGAGUUCAAGAACCUGCCCAAGAACCAGCUGGCGACCUCGGACGGCGAGGCGGGCGGCAAUCGAAGGAAUAAAAGGCGGAUAUCGUCGAGUAGUAGCGAAGAGGACUCUUCAGAGAGCUCGUCGGAGUCGGAAAGCGCUGAAGAGAAAGACCCGAAGGUCAUCGCUAAUGGCGCCGUGGAUUCACAUAAGACUGAACAUCGGAAAAAGAAAAACAAAAAGAUCGAUAAGAACAAAGCCAAGAAGGUUCGCAGGACUGACUCAUCUGCGGCGACGUCAGGGAAACAGACCUCCGACGAUAAUGCCGGCGGCGACGCGGACAGCGGCGACUCGCGGAGCUCGCGCUCGGACUCGCUGGCCUCCAAGCCGCCGCCCAGCUCCGAGACCGCCGCCACCUCCGACAGCUCCAGGGACGUGGAAAGCAAGUGUGCGGUGGAGCUCCCCGCGAGCGUGACGGCCGUGCUGGACGCGAUAGAGGCGGCCGUGGCGCAGCUGCCCCGCGCGCCCCCCGCACCCCCCGCGCUGCUGCUGCGCGCCGCGGAGACGCACGUCGCCAGACUGGAUCGCGUGACGUCACAGAGCGGGCUGGAGCGCGCCGGGCGCCGCGCCGCCUGGGCCCGCGCCGCCGCCCUGCUGCGCACGUCGCGCGCCGCGCUGCUGCACGAGCUGCGCCAGCCCCGCGCUUCCACUCCUACGACGAUUGCUCAAGCGACGCCCGCCCCCGCGCCCCCCGUGCCCCCCGCGCCCUGCCCCGCCGCCACCCCCGCACCCCCGCAACAACGCAACAAGAGAAAACAAGACGAAUUUACGAAUAAAGAUUAUAGUCAUCUAAGCAGUAUCGAGAGGGAAGUUUUUAUUGUUGAAACUUUACACAGGUUACAGGAACUGAUAGAUGAAAGGAAACCUGCUAUGAUUGCCAACUACAACGCGGAGUGCGAGAGGGUGCAGGAGGAAAGAAAGAAGAUCCAGAUCGCGUCGGCGUCGGAGGGCGGUCCCGUCGUGGAGAAGCGGCUGCCGAAGCGGCGCUUCCCGUGGUGCGGGCGGGCGCGCGCGCUCGCGGGGCGCCUGGCGCGGCUGGCGGGCGGCGGCGCGGCCGGUGCGGCACUGCUGGCCGCGCGCGCGCUGCCGCUGUUCCCCGCCGGCUUCGUCAGGAUGCCCACCCUGCUGCGACAGGCAGACUUAAGCAAAGAACUGAAAGUGUCAGAGCUGAAGCGACAGCGGCUCGGCUCGUCCCACGGCGCCGCGCCCCCCGCCCCGCCCCCCGCCCCGCCCGAGCCCAUACACUUCCCGAGCUCGCUCACCGUCACCACGUCCACCAAGCCGCCGCUCGACAGAGCAGAAUCCGUCCACACAGACGACUCCAAGUACAAACCCAACGUACUGAACAAUUACACAGCGCGAAAGGAUCUCGAGAAACCAGAAAGAAAAGAAGAGAAACUCAAAGACGAUCUAUACGUACCUCCCAACAGCAUCGGCAGCAUAACAAUAACGCCCGUCGUCAAUCAGAAAACAGAACCUAAACUCAAACAGGACAAAGGCGUGAUUCGCGUGAGGUCGCCCGCCGCUCUCAACGAUCUAGUUCAAAAAGAAGAAAAACCCAAAAAAAUCGAAAAGAAUCACACGAAAGACAAAAUGGACGUACUGCACGUCGACACUUCGAUCACGGUCAAGGAGGUUCCGAAACCCAACGAGGUGUCGCAGAAGCAGAUCGAGAGCAUGCGCAUAGCCGAGAACAACAUCCCCAGGCCGGCGCUGGUGCCCGUGCACCACUCGCCGACCUUCGCGAAGCCGGACAAGCGGCCCCCGGAGGUCAAGAAGAAGAAGGACGUGGUCAUAGUGUCGGACCUGGACCCGCUGGCGGACAGCGCGCCGGAACCCCUGUCCGUCGACGACAGCAGCAGCGACGUCGAGCUCAUCGAGGACAAAACCGAAAAAAGUGAUAAGUGUGAAGUGCCUUCCAAGGACAAGAACUCGCAAAAGAAAAUGCCGAACAAGAAAGUUGAUACCGACAGACAGAAGAGCGACGAGGCCAACAAGGACAUCGAGACUAUUAUAAGGACCAUUAAACAGAUGGAGCAUUCUCAAGAACAAUCGAAAAUGAACAGUAGUAACUCGUACGGCGGGAUACCAAACGAACAAACUUUUUUAAAGAAAACGGAUGGAUGUAGUGACGCUCCCGGUGAGUCCUCUCAACGUGUUCUCUGUCCAAUUGAUUGUAACUGUACCCCGCUCCUAGAUAUUGACUUUCCUAGAUAUAUGAUAAGCCUGCACGGGUGGGUAUGACCAUUAUAAUCAAUUUCUGCCGUAUAAUAAAUGUACAAAAAUAUAUGUAAGUUUUCCUAUUAAUGUCUCAAGAUGGGUUGGCAUUUACAUGAUGUAGUCCAUUGACCUCGCUAGUGAUUUAAACACCCAAAAGGUUGUGAGCUCUGCUGUUUUUUCUUUAUUGCCCUUGUCGGCAGACGACCAUACGGCCCACCUGAUGGUGAGUGGUUACCGUCGCCCAUGGACGUCAGCAAUGCCAGGGGCAGAGCCAAGCCACUGCCUACAAAAAUGAUGCCUACCGAAAUGACCAUGAUAUAAGUAAUGUCUUUCCCAAGUAAAUAUUUCACAUGUAUUUACGAAUACUAUCACCGUAUAGGACUUAUUCUUCUCAGACGUACACUCCUGGCGGAGUGGUCGUGGUUAUGCAUGUCUUAUUGCUGGGUUGCGAUUUUUGAGAGACUUCUUUAUCUCUCUUAAUUUGUGUCGGUACGUGUAUGUCGGCGUUAAGCCAGGAUUUACACACAUAAGUUCUUUUACAAUGAAAAUACAAUACAAUUCUAUAAAACUUUAAAAUUACUUGUUUACAACAAAAAGCCACGCCUGAGUUUUUCAGUGGUUUUUACACAAUUAGCCAUUUUGUGUUGGUUAUAGCAACUACAACUUCUUUUAUACAAACAAAUGUAAUUACUGCGAAACAAUUCACAAAACAUAGCUUAAUAUUCAAAAUACAUAUUUUAGUGAUUUUACAUGUAAAUGUCAUGACUCACAUUUAAUUUAUUUUACAUGAAUUACUUUUAAGUAAUAUGAACUAACAUUGUUACUAUCCAGCCUAAUAAUAGAUGGCGCCAACAACAUCAUUGCAUAACAAUUACAAUACUUAAUUAAAUUAUUAGUACUGUUAAUUAUAAUAUAAAUUAUUAUUAAUAUUUAUGCUUUAUUCAUAUUUAAUCAUUUAUACAGUCAUUUGUGUUUUUAAACAAUAAUAUAAACAUUAAACAUAUUCUGAACAUUUUCACAUCAAAAGUGUCUGCUAAUUAUUAAAUAUGGUAGAAUAACAGUUUUGUUGCUAAUAAUAAAUAAAUAUUAACAUAGAAUAAACUAAACUAUAUAUUAUUAUGUUAAUUAUUGCCUAGUGGAGUUUGCGCCCAUACGGCCAUACUGAUUCCAGCGCGUCCCUUGCGCUGUUUUAGCAUUUCACAUAAUAGUAAACAAGGCAUAUCCCCUACUGGGAUCUACCCAAUACACAAGGCACCAUUCACCCUUACGAGAUCUAGCUAACACACAAGAGGAUCAUCCAACGGGAUUUACCCAACACACACAGCAUCACUCAUACAGGUCUAGUUAACUCGCAAGCCAUCACCCUUACGGGAUCUAGCCAACACACUCGGCAUCACCCAUUCGGGAUCUAGCCAACUCACAAGGCAUCACCCUCUUGGGAUCUAGCCAACCCACAAGGCAUCACCCUCUCGGGAUCUAACCAACCCACAAGGCAUCACCCAUUCGGGAUCUAGCCAACUCAUAAGGCAUCACCCAUUCGGGAUCUAGCCAACUCAUAAGGCAUCACCCAUUCGGGAUCUAGCCAACUCAUAAGGCAUCACCCAUUCGGGAUCUAGCCAACUCAUAAGGCAUCACCCAUUCGGGAUCUAGCCAACUCAUAAGGCAUCACCCAUACGGGAUCUAGCCAACAAGACCAGGAUUAAGGAUUCGCAUGGUGGCCCGCCAGCGUUAGGAAGGAUAAUUGGAUAGGAAAAUAAAAGUUGCCACUUUAACAAAUUAUGAAUUAUUUUACAGCAGAACAAAUCUCUCUGCCCAUACAGUCAAUUUUUCAGUGAUCAGAAUCCUGACAUUAAGAGGAUAGAUUUACCUGUAUCAAACCUUUACCAUUACCAAACCUUUACCUUUACCUUUAUCUUUAUCAAAACACAUUGGAUGGCAGAGACUGCUCGUCCAUCCAUUUCUCACCAGCUGAUUCAACUUCCCCUAAUUCAUCAUUCAGCGGACCAUUUCCAAUUUGCUUUAUUUUAAUGGCAGGUAGGGAACAUCAUCCUCCUAAUGCCUCUGCAUUUUUGUUUUAUUUUUGUGCUGUAGCUUUUAAUCAACUGUAGUUCUUAAAGCUGCCUGUUAGAGCUUAUUAAAUUAUAUUUUACAAACAUGUGACAUUUAUGACCCAUCAAUAGUUCAGCAUACCUGUUGACCAUGCUCAUUCUCUUUGCAAUAAUGUGGUACUGAAUUUCAUACUAUUCACAAGUUUUUGAAACUCCUGAAUUAUCUUUUAUCUUGGUGAAUUUUUAAAAGUGACAGGAUUCCAAAAAUGUAACUAAGAUUUUCAAAGCAGAAAUCAAUACAGAGAUCUGUGCAAUCCUUUUUCUUGACUAAUAAUAAAGUGGCAUCCCCACUAGAAACCUAGGGUGCAGAGAGUUAAUCACCCACUCAUCCAAAAAUAAAUAAUUAUGAAAGGAAAAGUAAUAAUAUGGAGCUACUGAACAGGGAUGAGCUGUCUCUUAUUAUGGCAUUUUAUUAAAAGUUUAUUUUUAUUGUAAUAUGCUUGAACUCUUCACAAUAAACAGGAGACAUACAGUAUGUACAGCGUUGUACUAUCCUAUCCAAAUUAAUUAUUUCAAAUCCAACUUUUAUCUGCCUGAUCACCAUCUAUGAGACAUGAUUUGCAAAAGUUACAUGAUGAUUGAAUAAUGACUCCAAACUUGAGUGUUCACUGGAUAGAAACUUAUAAAAAUAGAUAAGUUCUCUUUGAAGAGUGCAACACUGAGAAGUUAUUUUUAAAAGAUUAAAACCUAUUAGGAUGUCAGCAAGACUGUCAGUAUUACCAUAUGAUUAUGAUUACCAUAUGAAAUUCUAUAAUAGUUCUAGUAUUUUUCUCCAUUAAAAGUCACAAUGCUUUGUUUUGAAAUCAGUUGACCCCGUUAUGCUCAAAAACUUUACAUGAAGUUGUUUAGCUUACUAAACUAGAUCUGCAAUGAUUUAAGUCUUAUUUGUGGUGAUACGUUUGUCAUCUUGAUGGCGGUAACAAGUUUUCUCGAAAUGACGCAAGUGACGCAGUAACCACAUUUAAAACCUUAGUGUUACUAAAAGUGCCACGAAAACAGAAGGAAUCAUUAUGUGAUUGUGAUAAAACUGAGUUAUGUUUAGAUUAUUAACAUUAUAUUUACAGUAUAUUUUCAAUUUGACGCUUUCGGAACGUUUUUAGAAUCGAUAUUAUUUAGGAAGCGAAAUACAUACCACAGCGUAUUUUUCAAUAACUUGGAUCGAAUAAAUUUAAGAUAAAUACCUGAAAUCAGUAUUUUUACCAUCUCAGUGUCGGUAGCUUUUCUAAAACAUCCACAGUCGAGAACUCAUUUUAAACAUCCACAUCCUUACUGAAUGCAUGGAUCAGUUCGUCCCUCACUUGCUCCAAUGUGGUCCAAUACAAAGACCAGAUAUCGGCUUAUGUCUUGCUUGCUCUUUUGAACUCAAUGUUCAUGCGAUGAAACAAUUAGCUUCAUGAUAGUUUCGUCCACAUUUCCGCAUCGGUCUUGAUGUCACGCCCUCAUCGGAGCUGAACGGCGGCAAAUAAAAGUUAUAAUGCCACCACAAGGGUACAGCAUUUGCAGCUAUCAUCACUUUUCGCCUUUUUAAUACAGGUUGAGAGACCCAUCACUUGUUCAACAGUGGGUUACUUCAUUCGGAGGCUUACGAUUAAUUUUGGGGCUGUGAUCCCACUUCUGAUGUCGGCGUUAAGCCAGGAUUUACACACAUAAGUUCUUUUACAAUGAAAAUACAAUACAAUUCUAUAAAACUUUAAAAUUACUUGUUUACAACAAAAAGCCACGCCUGAGUUUUUCAGUGGUUUUUACACAAUUAGCCAUUUUGUGUUGGUUAUAGCAACUACAACUUCUUUUAUACAAACAAAUGUAAUUACUGCGAAACAAUUCACAAAACAUAGCUUAAUAUUCAAAAUACAUAUUUUAGUGAUUUUACAUGUAAAUGUCAUGACUCACAUUUAAUUUAUUUUACAUGAAUUACUUUUAAGUAAUAUGAACUAACAUUGUUACUAUCCAGCCUAAUAAUAGAUGGCGCCAACAACAUCAUUGCAUAACAAUUACAAUACUUAAUUAAAUUAUUAGUACUGUUAAUUAUAAUAUAAAUUAUUAUUAAUAUUUAUGCUUUAUUCAUAUUUAAUCAUUUAUACAGUCAUUUGUGUUUUUAAACAAUAAUAUAAACAUUAAACAUAUUCUGAACAUUUUCACAUCAAAAGUGUCUGCUAAUUAUUAAAUAUGGUAGAAUAACAGUUUUGUUGCUAAUAAUAAAUAAAUAUUAACAUAGAAUAAACUAAACUAUAUAUUAUUAUGUUAAUUAUUGCCUAGUGGAGUUUGCGCCCAUAUGUACAUUCAGUAAGGGAAAACUUGGUAGAUGACUUAAGUCUGUCCACCUUGUGGGUGAUUCGCCGCGAGGGCGAUGACCGUCUAAUGUAUAGGACUUAAUGUGCAAUAAACGUUAAAUUGAUAAAAAAUAUACAUUUUGUAAUCAAUUGAGAGGGUCUUGCGAAGGUUGCAAGACGUCAUGAUGAUGAUGAUGAUUUUAAUGUACCCUCACAAGGCUCGGAUUAAUUGAACAAGCCCUCGGGUCAUAAACCUAAUAAAAUAAUUAAUUGAAUCGGUCGCACUUCUCUAUGACUACUUAAUUAUAUAAGGUCAUCAGUAUCUAGAAACUAUUAAAGCGCCAUUUGUUGUCCGUUGAUGGUGGAUGGGACGCAAAUCUUUCUUAGGUCGCCAACCACUACUGUGCCAAGUUCCAUCGCAGUCGGAUCCAAACAUUAAUCUUUAGUUAAAUUUAAAUACAAAUUAAAUUGAAAUAAAAAUAUGAAACAUUUAGAUUUUGAUCACAGCGCCAUCUACUAGAUGAUUACCCAACUCGGGUACUAAAGCAUCGUGUCGUUACAGACACGAUCCACUGAGUUUCUCGUCGGAUCUUCUCAGUGGGUCGCGUUUCCGAUCUGGUGGUAGAUUCUGCGAAGCACUGGCUCUUACUAGGGCUAGUAUUGGGUAUUCUUUCAGGUUGAGCUCGUGAGCUCAUCUACCGGUCUCAGAGUAACUGAUAAAUCCCCUUAGGCUACCAGCGAAUAGGUAGGAAAAAAAAGAAAGCUAAUAAGUCACACCGUAAUAUGUUAGUAACUUAUAGAGUUUACAGGAUAGUCAUAUACAUACCUAACCCUUUUUCGUAAAUUAAACAAAUAAUUUGAAAUAAAAAAACAAUUACUUUGAAAAGACAAUCCUUAAAAUCAGAUAGCUAAUUUAGGAUGUUCGUCCCGGACAAAGAUCGUGUCACGGGAAUUUGAAAAUACAAAUUGAAUUCCAGACAUUUAUUUAUUAACGGCAUGAUUAUAUAAAAAUGGCAUCCUAACUGUUAUGUCGGUUAGAAAUAGUUCAUUAUGAAUACAUUUGAGGUUCGCGGGGAUCCGCUGGAUGCAGGCAGCGCAGGACCGGUCUUUGUGGCGAGGCUUGGGGUAGGCCUAUGUCCAGCAGUGGACGUCCAUGGGCUGAUAGAUAGAUAGAUAGAUAGAUAGAAUACAUUUAAAGAAAAACAUUUAUUAAUUAAAACCUUUAAAACUCUUAAAAAUGAUUUUUCUUAGCCUGAUUCGCUCACUUGUCAUUUACUAAAAGGAUUAGUUCAGUUUUGCAUAGUACACUUAAUAAUACUGUUUAAAAUAUUAAUUUUAUUUGAGAUAAAAGGCCUUUAAAUUUUGUUUUCUUAUUUAUAUUACAGAAAACGUAAUUAAGUAUUUUAUUGUUCAUUCAUUCUGGAGUAUUUGAUAUCAUUAUAUACAUGAAGUUAUCUGAAAACUUCCAUUAAUCCUACAAUAAUAUUUAUAAAAUACCGAAUUGAUUGAACGUCAGUUCUGUACUGUGAUUGGCCACAUGUAGGCAGCGGCCUGGCUCUGCCCCUGGUAUUGCUGAAGUCCAUGGGCGACGGUAACCACUUACCAUAAGGUGGGCCGUAUGCUCGUCUGCCUACAAGGGCAAUAAAAAAAUGUCCACGCCUCCUCCUCAUUCCUUCCUGUAGAUGUGGUUAGGCGACCUGGGGUUACCAGAGAAUCGGUAGCACACGACUAUACACUGGUAGGCCGUGUUGUGAGCCCUCACCUGCCUCAUCCUGCCGCAAAACUAUCAUAUUUCAUUCCGCCUGUUCAUUCAUAUACUAAUAAAUAAAUAAAAAGUGAACUUAAGCCUUGCACCGUCAUUAGGAGCUGUGGGUCAGCGACCUCGCCUACAUCACUUGUUUGUUUGUUUGCUAUUGCUAUCUUCUUGCUAAUCUUCAAAAUCCACAGCCCACUGAGUUUCUCGCCGGAUCUUCUCAGUGGGUCGCGUUUCCGAUCCGGUGGUAGAUUUGGCGAAGUACUACUCUUGCUAGGGCCAGUGUUAGCAACACCCCCGAUUUGAGCCCCAUGAGGUCACCUACUAGCUCGGUGAAUCUAGAAUAAUCCCUGGAGGUUA